AUGUCUUCCAAGUGCGUGGACCAUAUGCGCCCGAAGAAACCUGCACGGCGGUCAAGAUAUGGAUGCCGGAAUUGCAAGCUGAGAAAACUCAAGUGUGACGAGAGCAAACCUCGCUGCAAAAAGUGCAGCUCAUUCGGAGUACUCUGUAACUUUGGGCUGAACAUCCCUGAUCUUCACCCGAUCACUUCCGAUACUGUGAGGGCCGUGGUUCGAUGCAAGCCAACGCCCCAGAGACCUGUCGCGAGUGCGAUAUGGACCUCUGAUGAGUAUACUAUCUAUCAAUUGAAUGCAAAAUGUCAAGAUUUUGUAACGAGAUAUUAUGCGCGAAGUCUUUUGACGCCGGAUGAUGAGAACAUGAUCAACGUCAAUCGGAGCUUGUUUAAACUCGCCUUCACUAACCCAUGUUUGAUGCACGCUUCUCUAGCAGUGGCGCUUACAUACGAUCGCUACCUAAACACCUCAUCAAGCUCUCCCCGGAGUCUGGAAGAAUGCUACCACUGGUCACAAAGCACAGCGCUCUUUAACAAGAAGUUACGCGAACCUGUCAAGACGCAGGACAAAGACCCGAUAUGGGGUACAGCAGCUGCUCUCGCCGUCUUGACGUUCUCGUCACCUGAUGCGUACAGACCUGAAGAUUCAUGGCCUCUGAAGACUGGCGACGACCACCUCGAUUGGGUGUCCAUGAUCAGUGGAAAGAUGUCGCUGUGGAAUAUGGUGGACCCUCUACGAAAUGACAGUCUGUUCCGCGUCAUGGCUGUUACGAUUGCGCAGAUGCAAGCGCCUUUACCCGACGUUGGUGUAGAGGGAAUACCCGAGGCGCUGGCGAGUAUCUGUCAAUUGAACCAGACAUCUACGUCGGAGAGCCCUUACUUCUACGCUGCGCAUGCAGUUUCACAGAUCCUUUAUCUACCGGAUAGCGAGGUUACAACAGAUGAGGUGUCGGUGGGCUGGUUCGGACGAUGCUCUGCUACAAGGCAAGGGACAGGUCGCCCAAUCGAAUGGACAUGGACGUGUGUCGAGGCAGAAGACUUGCGUCGUGAAAGGCUGCGGCGUCCCCGCUCUGUCACACGGAACACGCAAGGAAGGGAUCAUGCGUUCCUGACACUGACGGCCGCCGCGGUACUCCAAUCCUGUUCGCUCCAUGUUCUCUGGAUCGGUCGCGGCGCUCAGUGUGUUGUCGUCUCGCUCGAGAUUGGACACGUUGGGUCAAAGGCUUGGUCGGGGCGAGCGGAGCUGCGAUGUGCCGUAUCAAAUGACGGCGAAGUUCGCAAUUGCAGCGGCAGCGCGAUGUUCAUUGUGCCGGUCGCAUCGAGUAGAGCGGCUUAA